AUGGAGUAUCACGCUAUUGUUGCGAGACAGGCUGAGGGCUUACCCGUGAUGCCAGCGCGAUCACCAGAGUACAUGGCCGAGAAUCAAGCUGGACGCUUGAUGGCGGUGGAAGGUUCGUUGUUCGCGCUGUCGACGAGCGCUAUACUCUUGCGAUUCUAUGUGCGGCUCUUCAUGCUAAAGACAUUUGGCUGGGAUGACGCUAUGAUGGCGAUUGCAUUGGCUCUAAGCUCCACCACCCUGGGCUUAUUCCUGAAGGUCAUUGACCUGGGACUUGGACUACAUGCUGAAGCCUUUCCACCCGAGAACGUAUUAUCCUUCUUCAAAGUUAUGUACUUCUACUCGAUCUUCAUCAUCGCUGCAUACAGCUUCAUCAAGCUUUCAAUCGGAUUCUUCUUGUUACGGCUCGCGGACCGAACAAAGUGGCGUCCAUUUCUCAUUGCCAUGUUGAUCUUCAUUGGUGUGUUCACCAUUGGUUCGACAUUCGCCAUCAUCUUCCAGUGCAUUCCGGUACAAGCGGGAUGGGACUUCAACAUGCGUCCGCCGACAGGAACUGCGAAAUGCUACGAUUCUGGUAUCUUCAAAAACGUCGGCGUCUUCAACUCUUCAGUCAACAUCGCCACUGAUCUGCUGUUCGCCCUCAUCCCCAUCCCGAUGGUGUGGAAGCUACAAGUUACGAUCCAAACGCGCAUAGGUCUGGCAGUCAUCUUAAGCUUGGGUCUCUUCGCCUCUGCAGUGGCCAUCUACAAGACGCCAAUGCAGUACAACUUCUUCAAGAUAACCGACUGGUCCGGCGAUGGAGCAUGGUACUACAUCUGGCAACAAGUCGAGAUGCACGUAGGCAUCAUCGCCGCAUGCCUCCCAACCAUGAAGCCCCUCUUCGCGAACUUCUUCGGCCAAAUGCGUUCUCUCGCCACCAAAGGUCGCACCACUGGCAACAGUACACCUUUCCGCUCCAAUGGGUACAUGAAACACGAUGACAUGCGUCCCAGUAACGCAUACGCCAUGAGGAACAUGUCUGGAGGCUCACAGUCGACGGCACGGGAUCCGUACUCCGAGGAUACCGUGCUGGGCAAGGACACGUAUACCUGCGAGGCUUCACGAGGAAGAGCCUUGAGUAGGCCCAAGAGUCUCGCGGGCGAGAGCGACGAUAGUAUCUUGGAGCAUGAGGUCAAUACCGGAGAGAGGCGCAGUGUGCUUCCUAGAGGUAUGACUAUCGUGAGGACUACUGAGGUCAACAUUUCCAGAUAG